UUAGUUUACAGAAUAAUAUCACACCCAUUUUCGUCCCAAGUCCCGCGCCCCCCAUCGGCCCGGCGGCCCAGCCGUCUCUUAUCCUCUGAUUUAUUCCCAUUUCUCAAUUCGAAGAAAUGACAGUUGAAAUGAAAAUGCUGAUUUGCGGCCAGUGUUGCUUCUACUCGUCCUCUUCGUCAUUAAUUCCCUCUGAAACUCAGUGCAAGAGAAGCAGCGAGAAGAGUUUUUAUCCCUUUAAGCCAUCGAAGGUGCGCUUCCCUUCAUCGAGAAUCUACGCACUCAAAACCAACAGUUUUCUCGAGCAGCUCGACUUCGAGCGAGGAGUUUGCACCCCCUUUCGUAAAUAUUCCUCUGAAUCAGUGAGAAAUAAGGUGUUGGAGUCAAAGGGCGCAAUAUUGUCCUUGUUUGGUAGAGGUGUAGAGAUAGUGUGGAGUUUGGGGCUAUAUUGGACGAGUUUGCUGUAUGAUUAUGCCGUGGGUCGUGAUCAAGAGGUUGUUCCUCUUCGGGCUGUGCAGUUAAGGCAGCUCUUGUGUUACCUGGGGCCUUCUUUCAUCAAAGCUGGACAGGUUCUUGCAAAUAGGCCAGAUAUAAUUAGAGAAGAUUACAUGAAUGAACUUUGUAUUCUUCAGGAUGAUGUUCCUCCUUUUCCUAAUCAGGUUGCUUUCAACAUCAUAGAAGAGGAAUUGGGUCAACCCCUGGAAGCUGUUUUCAGAAAUAUUUCUUCAAAGACUAUAGCAGCUGCAAGUUUGGGUCAAGUUUAUCGAGCUACAUUGCGUUCAACAGGGGAGGAUGUUGCAAUUAAGGUUCAAAGGCCUCAUAUUGAGCCUAUCAUCUACCGAGAUCUUUUUCUUUUCCGGAUGCUGGCUUCAUUCUUGGAUGGGAUCAGUCUACAAAAAUUAGGAUGCAAUGCAGAACUUAUUGUGGAAGAAUUUGGGGAAAAGCUAUUAGAGGAGCUAGACUAUACAUUGGAAGCUCGCAAUAUUGAAGAUUUUUUGGAAAAUUUCAAGAACGACCCUACUGUCAAAAUUCCUCGGGUUUAUAAACAGCUUUCUGGUCCACAUGUUCUUGUAAUGGAAUGGAUUGACGGAAUACGUUGCACCGAUCCAGAGGCAAUCAAGGGGGCAGGAAUUGAUAUAGAUGGAUUUUUGACUGUUGGAGUUAGUGCAGCCUUGAGGCAGUUACUUGAGUUUGGCUUGUUCCAUGGAGAUCCACACCCUGGGAAUAUCUUUGCUAUGCAUGAUGGUCGCAUUGCAUAUGUUGACUUUGGGAAUGUUGCUGUUCUGAGUCAGCAAAAUAAACAGAUUUUGAUUGAUGCUGUUGUCCAUGCUGUAAAUGAGGACUAUGCUGAGAUGGCCAAAGAUUUUACUAGACUUGGCUUCCUAGCUUGUGGUACUGAUGUGUCCCCCAUUAUUCCUGCUUUGGAAGCAAUUUGGCAGAAUUCACUUGAAAAAGGACUUUCUGAUUUUAACUUUAGAAGUGUUACAGGAAAGUUUAACCAACUAGUUUACAACUAUCCAAUUCGUAUCCCGGAGAGGUUUUCUCUUGUCAUCCGUUCUCUAUUGACUCAAGAAGGCAUAUGUUUUACGUUGAAGCCAGAUUUCAAAUUUCUUGAGGUUGCAUAUCCUUAUAUUGCGAAGCGCCUUCUCACAGAUCCUAACCCCGCUUUACGGGAACGUCUUAUGCAGGUUUUGUUUAAGGAUGGUGCAUUCCAGUGGAAACGGCUUGAGAAUCUAAUCAUUCUUGCCAAGGAAAACGUGACAAAGAUGAGCAGCAACCCUGCAUUCAAAGGGAAUAGUAGCAUCUCUGUUCACAGGCAGAGGUAUAUUAAAGACAUUCAAGUUGAGCGGAAGUUGGAUCUCACUGACACAAUCAAGGAUGGAGCUCGAGUUUUCCUUCUUGAUGAGGGCAUUCGCAGGCAGCUUCUUCUUGCUCUCACCGAAGACUCAAAACUUCAUGUUCAAGAGCUUGUCGAUGUAUACCGCCUGCUUGAAGACGAAAUUGAUCUGCCUUCGCUGGCAAGGGAACUUGUUGGAGAUCUCCCAUCUAUUGCUCGAGAUGUCGUGCUCUCGUGGAGCACCUUCAUCUUAUCAGACAGUUGAAAGCGGAAUCGUGUGCUCUCAUCUGUUUGACAUAAUGAAUGGGCGUACAUUCAUCUUCUCCACUAGCAUUACCAGUGACCGUCUAUAGCUAAUGCGGUUUAAAGGAGAAAUGGGAGGGUUUGAAGGAUGUCUGGAAUGCAAAUGGAUAAAAUUCCCCCCAUUUGCUAUAUUUGCACUUAUGGAAAUUGUUAUGGCCUGUAAAUAACACAAAAGAGCAGCCGGCAUAAUUAAGAUUUAAGAGUCAAAGUUUCUAUCAUUUUUACAUGCACAUUUGGGUAUGCUCAUUGGAUACGUCUGUAAUGCUCUUUUGAUACCUCUGUACUCUGUAGUGCUCAUUUCCUAAUGACAUAUCAAUGGACAAUUCUUUUAGACAUUACAUUCUUUUUAUGUAAAACAUAAAUUCAUUUAAAUAAUGCACACGUAUUAAUAAAUGUAUUACAGACCAA